GGACUGUCAAAAUAAGGUCGGUUUUAAACUGAAAAAAGGUCAAACACUAAAAACAACUAGAAAAAUGGGAUAUAGCUCUGAGGACAUAUGCGCCUUAUAUCACGUUACCGUUUGCCGGUCUAGUUGGAUUCAUUGGAUACAAUUUGGAAAAUUGGCUCUCAGACAAAUAUACACCUUAUAAUAAAUCUAUUGAGGAGCAGAGACGAGAACGAUUGUUGCAAGAAGAAAAACUUAUACAUCCUGAUGAAAUAGAAAAAUUAAGAUAUAAACAUUCAGUCUUAGGCACAAACUUAUCCCCUUCAUUAAAAAGUUGAAGUAGAGUUUUAAUAUGUUAGUACCGGUUUAAUAAACUAUUCUAAUUAUUAUUAUUACUGUUUUCAUUCUAUGUAGACUAUUUGAAGACAGACAUAUCAAAGAAAGUAAGGUCCAAAAGAGAAAAGGCCUCUUUAAAUGCAUCUUCAUUCCAUUAUAAGAUUUGUGUACUGAUAAUCUGGGGUUCUAUUCCUGUAUUUGAUCUAGUUAAGGAAUUUUGAGUUCAAAAGGUUGUUAAAAAAGUAUUACAAGCUACUAAAAUAGCUUGAAC